UAUUUAUUUCAAUUUUUGUUAUUAUGUGUAAUUUGAAAAUGAAAAAAGUUCCAAUAAUAGUUCAACGGUGAUGUAUCAAAAUGGACACCCCUAAUGCCAACGCUUGCCGAUUUGGUAAACACAAAAGUGCCUAUAAGGAGAGUGACGACAUUCUAUCCCGAACAAAAUAAAUGUCUUUGGCAACAAUGAAAUUUACAGCUGGUAGCACUGGUUCAGUUUAAGCCUUCAAGUGGCUCUUGCGAAAUGAUGCUUUUGUUUACUUUUUGUUGUACUUUGAUUGUCGCUUUAGUGGUUUAUUGCGUUUAGUUUUAGUGAGAAAGCAUAAGAAUUUGUUCGAAACAAUGAAGUGUUUUGCUAAAUAUUGCACAAAUAAAACAACACCGGGAUUCAAGAACAUCGGGUUCUUUCGAUUUCCAGCGGAUGAAGACCUGCAAGUUGCAUGGAAAAAGUUCUGUGGAUUCCCAGAUCAUUUCGAAAUUACAGCUAGUUGUCGAGUGUGCAGCGUAAGUAAAAAUCGUUGAAGCAUAAGAAGCUAACUAAAUAUUUGCGAAAAACAGUUUCACUUUCUGCAAGAGGAUGUAUAUUUUGCUUCCGGCCAAGGAAAAAUUAUGCGGCGACGUACGGCAGUCCCAGUGUACGAUUGCGUUCCACAGAUCGCCGACUUUACUCUCGGAGAAGAUGACCUGACCGCGGACGUAUCGAAUGCGAGCAGUACCAUUGAGGAACCUGGUUCGGCAGUUAACACAGAGGUGUCCUUCGAAAAUAUGAUUCCAGUAAACUGCUCCCCGUAUGACGAACACCAAGCUGUUUGUGCUGGCACAAAGAGGAAAUAUGAGAGUUACUUGAACAAUGUAAACCGGGAAGUAGUCGAAUUAAAGAAGCGCUGCCAUGGUCUCGAAAAAGUUGUCAACCAAAAGGAGCACUUGAUUACACAACAAGCGAAAACUACUGAUCUGGCUCUAAACGCUCUCAAAAGGACAUUUAACUCCGAUCAAGUCGACAUGCUUUUGUACCAGAAAAAACGACCAGGGCAGUGGAGUAAUGAGACUGUGACAGAAAGCCUUAAGACAAAAUUCGUGUGCGGAACGAAGGGUUACGAGCACCAGCGGAGUAAAUAUCCUCUUCCAUCCGAACGCACGUUGCAACGAAAGGUGGAAGAUUUGUCUUUCAACCCAGGAAUUUUGGACGAUGUAUUGGAGCUUUUGAAGCUGAAAGUCAGUACAAUGCCUCCAGAAGAUCUCGACUGUGGGCUCAUUUUUGAUGAGAUGUCCAUCGAAGAAGCGAAGAGCUUUUGUGUGUCUACCAGUCAGUUCUAUGGUGACAUAACCAUCCCUGGUCAAUCUGGACUGGCAACUCAUGCGCUUGUGUUUGUUUUGGUGGGAGUAAGAGCCAGGUGGAAGCAAACCGUCGGUUAUCACUUCACGGGCAACAGUAUCCCGGAUAAUGAUCUGAACGAGAUCAAAAUUAUUCAGGAAGUGGAGUCAUUUGGAUGUAAGGUGCAUUUUCUCACCUCAGACUGCGGUCCAAAGAAUAAAAAGUUGUGGAACGCUCUGGGUUUGAAAUUCCACAAACAUGUAGUGCUCAAUAGUGAGGCUAUCGAGCACCCAACAGUAUCGUCGAGGAAACUGGAAAUCAUUCCAGACGUAGUCCACGUUUUCAAGUCGGCUGUUCAAGGAUGGAUUAAAAAUGAAGUGCUGUGGCUACCACCGGAUGUGGUGGCAUCUAAUGGGUUCUGUUCGAAUGAAGUCAAUAUUCAACACCUUCACGAUCUCGUACACUACGAACAGCAAAACUUGCUUAAAGUCGCCCAUAAUCUAAAACCGGAGGAUGUAGAAUUCGAAAAGAAAAGGAACAACUUUGAUGUGAUGAAGGUCAUCAAUUCUGAAAAAAUUUUCUCCCCGGUCACAAACCAUCACAAGAAUCUUCCCUGUCCCAAAAACCUCUGCAUACUAAUUUUUACUAGUUUCCAAGGCUAUAUCUAUAAACUAUAUCUGAGGACGAAAUUACAUUUUCUUAGACUCUUCGUAUGUUUUAGAUUAACUCAUUUUUUUUUUAUUUAUAUUUUAGAAAAUUCGCAAAAGUAUAAGGAGACGCUGCAGUUCUAUAUUUGUUUCAAAAAAUUCAUUUACGCUGUGGAGGUAGGACAUAAACGGUAUUGGAAACCAUGGCAGGCAUCCAUAAUUCUAGCAACGAAUGCCAUACUCAGGUUGCAAGACAUGUUCUUGAACGUGAAAGGGUACAGCUUCCUAUUUACAGCGAGAUUUACUCAAGAUUGUGUCGAGAAUAUCUUUUCUCUAAUUCGAAUACGACAGAAGAAACCUACCGCCUUGCAAUUCAAAUGCUUCCUAAAAUCAUUAACCAUUUCACAGUAUUUGACAGUGGUUUCCGGGUCAUCUUAUGAGACAGACGACACAGAUUGGCUUUUGAACUUUCCCUCUAACGUGAAGCAAUUGAAGGAGAAAAAAGCCAUUGAGGAGCGGAAAGUACCUGAUAUAAACGAACUGACUAAGAUAGACACGCAGGCAGCAUUGAAGGAAAUUAACGACAAUGAGAAGAAUGUGGUCUAUCACCUUGCUGGAAUGGUCGUUUAUAAAGUGGCAAAGCAUGGCGCAGUUUGUCAACAUAGUGUUGAAAAAUGCUUAGCCACUGAACCAUUUAUCUCGGAUUACACAAAACUAACCAUUACUAAAGAUUUCACAGGUCAAGCAUUGGUAUACGUGAAUGAACCAACCUUUAUCUUUUUUUUGAAACUGGAAAUUGUAUUCAGAAGCGAGUUGAAAAAUAUGGAAAACGAUACCGUGUUUGAUGUAAUUGAAGCGCAACUCGCAAACAUUCCAGCUACACAUUUCAAUGAAUGUCAUGAUUUAAAAAAGAAACUAAUAAGGCGGUUCUUGUAUUUCCGGUUGAAAAUUCAUCAGCCAUAGAAAAUUCAUAAGAAUAAGUACGAUAGUAGAUCGAUGGCAAUGUAACUCUAUUGAUCGACAGGUUAGAUGUUCCAGAAAACAAUAAAUAGUACAGUAUAAUCCAACUCUUGUUCAUUCAUUUCAUUUUUGCCAUUCCUGUAAAACCGAAAGUUUAAUUUAUGGAUAACGAACAGAUUCUUUUUUAUUUUUUUAAACACAUGCAGAU